UUUGACAUGUUAAAAUGUAGUCGGCUGAAUGCAGGGUGUUAAUAUAAAACGUUGCGUCAGACUGAGAGUAGAAUGGCUCCAGUGUUUCACAAGUGGAUUACAAUGCUAUUUGUUAAACGGUUACCUCCUACUUAUUAGAGCAUUGCCAGCACUUGCAACAUUUCCAGCGGCGAGUGAAACCAUCCCUGCAAAUAUCUCUGAUGUUUUGUUGUGUCCAUGUGUUGUUUAUUUUGUUGUCUGGCCUUGCACUGAUUUCAGGUGAAAAGUUACAUCAUUCACCAUCUGGAAAUUAUUUUUCACUAAGACAGAAUCAAAGGGAUUUUCAGUAAGAAAACAAGUCCGGUCAUGUUGCUGCUCUGUGCCUGGCCUCCGUCCAAAUCUGAUCCCUGCAUGGUUUUAUCAUUUCAUUAAAAAAAGGAAAAGAAGUGUGUCUUAAAAGGCAGACAGAGAGAAACAGAAAGACAGACAGAGGUGAAGCGUGAUUCUGAGAGGCAGGGGAGGAGAGCAUUUUCCCGUAAUCCUGUAAUGUCCUCCCCUUCCUGUUUAUUCCUGUGUCUCAGACACAGUCCAGGUGACAUGGAGAGUGAACACGGUGGAUCUGCUCUGUCGUUGCAGACACAAGGUCAUCACGCUGCUGAGUCCACACCUCCAGCUCUCUAUAGGAUGUCUGAGGGAGACGUUACAGUGCUGCCAUUGGGACCUGCAACUCUGGAUCUGUCCAAGCAGGAGCAGCACACACUGACCAGACUAUACAGCAAGAAUGGAGGAUAUCACCUGAGGAUUCUACCAGAUGGAACCGUGAGCGGUGGGAGGCAGGAAAAUGACCCCUAUGAUAUCCUGAGGGUGAAGGCUGUGAGUGCAGGAGUGGUGGUCAUCAAAGGCGAGGUGACAGGACGCUACCUGGCCAUGAACAAAAAUGGACGCCUCUAUGGAUCACAAGCACUGAACGAUGAGUGUUACUUCCUGGAGAAGUAUGAAGAGAACCACUACAACACGUAUCGCUCUCAGAAGUACGGCUGGUAUGUUGCCUUGAAGAGGAACGGCCAGCCCAAAGCAGGACCAGACACCCACCAGGGUCAGAAGGCCAUCUUUUUUCUGCCACGGUCUGCAGGCAACGUGUAAACCAAGACGGCACCAGGAACCGUGGACAAGCUCACAAAAGUUUUUAAUGCACAUUAUUAGCGCUAUAAAGGUCACUUAAAAUCAACACAUGCCAGAAAAGCCUGAGGCAAAUGCAUAAUGCUGUUUCACACUUAUUUCAAGCUCUAUUAUUACAAAAAAAAAUAACCAAGAUGAUUCUUCUUUGUGUUGGGAACAUGAGAUCAGAUUAUCCCAGCCCAUGUAAAUAGCUUACACCUGUCCAUCCUAUGGAUAUCAGCUGAUAUCCAGAUUGCUCUCCCCAUAUACUUCUUCUCACUGCAGGCAGAAAAUAUGUGAAGAUCGUUGCAUGUCAGUCUUGAUAAAUGGGCGCUCACUUUGAACCCUGGUUUGAAAUAUCACUCCUGGGAGAAAGCAAUGGACAAGUUUUACACCAAAAUACUUCUGCAAUUGAUCACGUCUGGCACGGUGGAAAAGAAGAAAGAAGCAAUAAAAAUUAAAAAGCCGACCAUCUGGCUUUGGAUUCAAACUAAAAUACUUUCUUAAGGGCUACAGCAUGGGGAAUAACAGCAGUGGUAUCAUUAAUUUUAACAAAGAAAUUAUGUAUAGUAGGAUUAUUUCAGUGCCUUGCUCAGUGGUUCUUCGGUAGGGUGGCUGUUUGCUGACUUUUGAAUGACAGAGUUUGCUAAAUCUGUCUGAUGCCCGUUUCUGUGACCACUACGCAAAUUUAAAACAUAAGUUGCUAUAAUAUAAAUUUUGUGCAGGAGUUCUUGAAAGCAGCAUCCUUGUUGAUGACAGUUAGCCUUGACAACAGUGAAACAUUUGUAUUACUGAUAAUUAUAUUGUACUUUUAUGCAGUUUUUUCUUCAAAUCAGAUGUGAAAACUUUGUCUCAGUGAUCAGUGAAGUUGCUAUUUCAGUGUACAUUUAGGUUUAAAAAAAAGGAGCCAGAUUCUUGUGUGGAGUUAAUGAAAGAGUGAAGUUUUUCAUUCCAGUGAAGAAACGUGCUAAACCUUCAUGUCCUGGACCACAGUUUUUCUUUCCUCACACAGCUUCACAGUUGCACAGGAGAGUCUGCAAACCUAAUUCCAUUUUUUUUU